UUGCUACUAACCUUUUCCUACAUCACUUUGCAAAAAAAUCUUAAUAGUAACCCAAUUUCUCUCUCUCUCUCUCUCUCAGAAAAGAAAUGUCCGUAAACCAUAUUUCUUCAGACCUUCCAGAAAGAGUGUUUUGGACUAAACAACAACAAUAUAUCAUAGACUCCUCAUCCAAGAAAUCCUCAUUCCACCACCACCCACCUGAAACUACCGCCAUGUUCGCCUUCAACCUUAACAAUAUUAACGACGAAGACAAGGAACAAGAACGACAACAAAUGACAGAAGAAAAAGACCAGAACUUGGAAAUCCCAAAAGAACAUUUGUUCGAGAAACCAUUAACACCUAGCGAUGUCGGGAAGCUCAACAGGUUAGUCAUCCCCAAACAGCACGCCGAGAAGUAUUUUCCCCUCAGCGGCAAUAACAAUAACAAUAAUAAUAAUAAUAAUAAUAAUGAGUCGGGUAUUGAAAAGGGUUUGUUACUGAGUUUCGAGGACGAGUUAGGAAAAUCAUGGCGAUUUCGAUAUUCUUACUGGAACAGCAGCCAGAGCUAUGUAUUAACCAAAGGUUGGAGUCGUUUCGUGAAAGAAAAAAGGCUAGAUGCUGGUGAUAUUGUUUUGUUCGAGCGACACCGGUCGGACGCUGACCGGUUGUUUAUUGGGUGGAGACGGAGGAACGCAGCCGUACAAGAGAGCGGUGCUGCGGUGGCUCAGCCAGGGGUGGUGGGUGGUGGGUGGGCCCAGGUAUACUACGGUGGGACAGGUGGACAUCCUUAUCCAGGGGCAGGUCUUCCAUACCAACCUGACUGUCUUCAUGCAGGAAGAGGAGCAAUGCAGAAUCAAACAACAACAAGUGUGAACAAUAACACAAGAAGACAAGUGAGGUUGUUUGGGGUUAAUUUGGAAUGUGAGGCCGACGAGUUGUCGUGGUCGGAGCCACCCCCAACUCCAGAUGACGGUGGCUCCUCCACGUCGAGCCACCAUCAGCACCACCAGGGUCAGGGCCAAGCCAGCCAACACUAUUAUCAAUACCAAUUUCAAUAUUCAAAGCCUCAUGUUCCUGCUGCUGCAUCUUCCUAUAAUAAUAACCAUCACAAUCACACGGAUAUGAAUUUCUCAAGAGAUGUCAACCAGAUGAGAUAUCACCAGGGAUAAGAUCUGUAGAUUUGACAUCCAGGAUUGACUAUUACAGGCACUUGAAAAAAAAAUCAAAAUGAAAAUAUUGUUGAAAAAUAGGAAAAGAAAAUCCAAAAAGGGAAAAAUCCCAGAUUUUCUGGCACAACUUUCUCCCCCUAGAAAAAGCUAGUGUAUAUCAUAGAACUUUUUAACACCUAAUUCCAAGUCCAGGGGGAAUGGAAAGAACCAUAUAAAAUAUUGGAGAUGAAACUUUGAAAGAGACUUCAGGGUGUUGGGUUUGUGGGUCCCUCAGAUUAUAGCUGACGUCAGCAAAAGCCAAGAUGGAAGAAUAUAUACAUGGGUGGUUGCAUUCAAGAAUCUAUAUAAUUACAUAUUUUUGUUUUUUCAUUGUUUUUGGUUGCUACUAUGGAGAUUCUGCCUGAAGAUUUUUGCUAGGGGUUCAUCAUAAUCAUGACACUUGACCAAAAAUGAAGGAUAGGAAGAGGAAGAAGAAAGAUGGUGUUUUGCCAAGUGGUAGUGGUAGUGAUAGUGGGCGGUGGACUUGCUUUCUUACUGAUAAGAUGGCUGUCUGUCACAGCCCCAUUAGUCAUUUAGAAAAAAAUGUUCUUUGCCAUCUCUUGGAAGGCAACUAACAGUUUAACUGCUUUUCUUUCACAUGUUUGUUGAUGCUAAUCAAGGGCAGAAUUCUUUUUGUUCAACAGUAGUAUGUAUAUGUACAUUGUACUUUUGAUGUUUUGAUUAUUCAUAUGAAAAUCUGACGAAAAGACUCAUCAAUCUUA